CGGGCACCAGGCAGGCCGCAGGCAGCCACCGAGUAUAGGACAGGACCGUCGUCCCAAUCGUGAAUGAACAAACAACGACAACACAGGAACAGCGGCGGCGGCCCCUCGCCGUUUUGAUGGUUACGGAGUAAAGGGUUCGGUUUGCUGCACGCCCCGGCGCCUCCGCGCACUCACCCGUCGAUGCAGCUGCUCCUGCGCGGUGUCUCUCUCCUCCGUCUCUACGAGUGUAGCUGUGGGCUUCCAAGUGCAAACUACAGUUGCAGAAACUCAGUGCUUACAAAACUGAACGUGAUGAGGGAAGGGCUGCGGGCUACCUCUUCACGCAGAGCUGUCUCUAAGAACAUUGAGAUCAAGAAAGAUGAAUCAGUCAUACAAAAGGAAGAUGUCACUGAAAGCCAAUUGGAGAUAGAGCGAAUCAGAGGUGACCCUAAUCUUCUCCAGUCCAUGACAGUGAAAGAACUCAAAGAACUCACAAGGAUGGUGGGAGUUUCUGCAAAAGGCAACAAGAAAGAUUUAGUAUCAGCUCUGAUGGAUUCUCUGGGCGAGAACAUACACGGUAAAGAAGGAACAUCAACAGUCGGGGAGGUUGGCCCGUCAGAAGUACCUUCCAAAAGAAAAGGUGCCACUUCAGUAGUAGUUGAACAAAAUUUAGAAAGUUCCGAAGUUAUUUCGGCAACUCCUAGCAAGAGAAGUAAAACAAAGCAGAAGUCAAUUAAGGGUACCACUCCCAAGGAGAAUUCUGUUACUACCGUCAAGAUAAAUAAGGCAUCAGUCCAGAAGGAAGCACUUGUUGUCCAAGGUGCUGCUGCGAAGGCAGGAAUUGGUCUUGCUGUGGACCAGGCAGAGCCUUGGACUGUACUUGUACACAAGAAACCACAGCCUGAAUGGAUUCCAUACAAUCCUAAGAUCAUGAGGCCUCCACCUCUUAGCAAGGAUACAAGAGCUCUAAAGAUUCUAUCAUGGAAUGUCAAUGGAUUGAAAGCUUUAGUCAAAUCUAGGGGUUUCUCUGUCCAUGAGUUAGCACAGAGGGAGGAUUUUGAUGUUCUAUGCCUGCAAGAAACAAAAAUGCAGGAUAAAGAUGUCGAAGUCAUCAAGGAAAGUCUACUUGAAGGCUACACCAAUAGUUUCUGGACAUGCAGUGUAUCUAAGCUUGGCUAUUCAGGGACUGCCAUAAUUUCAAGAGUGAAACCACUUUCAAUCAAAUAUGGGCUUGGUGUACCAGACCAUGAUACAGAAGGGAGGGUUGUGACGGUGGAAUUUGAUGAUUUUUACCUGCUAACUGCUUAUGUACCAAAUUCCGGUGAUGGUCUAAGAAGAUUGACUUACAGGGUCACAGAGUGGGAUCCAUGCCUGGGUAACUACAUGAAAGAAUUGGAAAAAUCGAAGCCUGUCAUACUAACAGGUGAUCUUAACUGUGCACAUCAGGAGAUUGAUAUACAUGAUCCGGCUGGAAAUCGUAGAAGUGCAGGCUUCACAAAAGAAGAAAGGGAAUCAUUUGAGACUAAUUUUUUGUCCAAAGGAUUUGUUGAUACGUUCCGGAAACAGCAUCCGGAUGUUGUUGGAUACAGUUACUGGGGUUAUAGGCAUAAUGCCCGGAAGACUAAUAAAGGUUGGCGCCUGGAUUACUUUCUCGUGUCAGAAUCCAUUGCGGAAAGAGUUCACGAUUCAUAUAUCCUUCCAGACAUUUCUGCCAGUGAUCACAGCCCGCUUGGCCUCGUACUGAAGCUCUAGGCGACAAUGUAUGACCUUACAAUCUUUGCUUCUAGGGUUGGUCUGCAAUGUUGCAUGCUCCACUGGUUCCGGUUUUGUGCAGAUGAUUUUACAUCAGUGAAAUGAGAUACUGUAAUGACUAUGUUCCGUGGACUUGUCACUGUAUCAAUCUUAAGUUGCACUAAAUCAAAGACAGGUAAUAUGGGUUGAAGGGAGUAGCUUAUUAUGAGCAUGUAGGGGAAAUCUCUGUCAGGUUAAGUGACGUUUCAAAGUAGACAUAGAACUGAUUCUCAAAAAAAAAGGAGAGAGGAAACUCUUACUCCGAUGGUCUAA